AUGACAGCGGGACUCCCGAGAGGCCCGUUCGGGCGCUUCGUCCUCGUGGCAGCCGUGAUCGUCUUCUUUUUCAGCUUCGCACAUUACAUGAAUGUUGUGCCAGACAGCGUCCGCCUCACGACAUCCACACCCGAGGAGCCGAACAAGAUACCGGUCGAGCAGGAGGAAAAGAGCCCCGAGCCCGGGCCCGAGAGACCUCCGCCGGACUAUUCUACCGCGCCCCAGUGUAUCCCGGAGCUGGAACACCUCAAAAAGCUCGGCCUUACCAGCAAUAUCAAGUUCACCAGGCGGUGUAUCAAGCCCGUCUUCUCCACAGCAGCGCCUCAGUCAUCACCUGCCGACCCGAAUGCGGGAGGCGUGGACCGAGAUGUUGUCGCCAACAUGACACAGCCGCUCCUCGCUAGCUCGCCCGUCGACGUCAACCUGCUCUCCUGUGACGGCAUAGCCGACGACUACAUCCCUUGUGAGCCGUUCAAGCUCGCCGUCCCGGACCCGUACCCCGAGCGGGUUGGCCAGUACGACCACCUCCUGUUUGCCAUCGCGACCUCAUCCGAGCGCCUCAAGAUCGCCAAGCCCCAUUUCGCACACUGGAUGGCAAAAUCAGGGUCCCCGCUCAUAGCCCUCGUGACCGACAGGCCCAACGAAGAGUCGGGCCAGACACAGGAGGCCCUCGAGGCGGAGCAGGCCACGACAUGGCCGGCCCUCAUCGACGAGUUCGCCGCCGCGGGCAUCCAGCUCCUUCUCGUGCGGCCACACGACCCGGCGCACUCCGUCUCCCAAAGCCACAUGAUGGUCAUCCUCGACAUGCUUGCGUAUGUGCGGGCCCGGCGUAUGUCAGCAUCCGAGUACGCAGACUCGGGCGCCGACCUCGCGCACAACGACACGUUCUGGCUCGGCAUCCUCGACGACGACACCUUCCUGCCCGCCAUCGAGCCGCUGUCCGCCGCCCUGGCCGCGUACGACCACACCAGGCCCGCGUACCUUGGCGACCUGUCCGAGUCCUUCGCCGCCACGCGCUUCGGCAUGGCCGCGUUCGGCGGCGCGGGCAUAUUCCUCUCCGUGCCGCUCGCAGAGGAGCUGGGGCCCCACCUGGGCGACUGCCUCAGCGGAAGGGGAGGGGACAUGCAGCUGAUGGAGUGUGUCCACGACCACACGCACACGCGGCUUGAGAGAGUGAAGGGCCUUCAGCAACAGGACAUGAAGGGGUCUAUGGAUGGUUUCUUUGAGAGCGGGUGGCGGUUCCUGACGCUUCACCAUUGGAAGAGUUGGUACUCUGCCCCUGUUCUGGACAUGGCCCGCGUCGCCCUGGUGUGUGGCGGGUGCUUCCUUCAGCGAUGGCGGUUCCCAGACUUUGGCAGCAGUUCUCAGAACAAAACUGAGAUGGGUGCUUGGGAUUCCGGAUUUGGAACGGAUAGGUCGAAGGCCGAGGUCGUCUUCACCAACGGAUACUCCAUCGUCAGAUACCCCAAAGGUGCGCCGGAGUUGGAUCUUAUGGAGGGAACGUGGGAGGGCGCCGACGGUAAGGAUUAUAGGUGGUCCCUGGGUCCGAUAAGACAAAAAUUAGGCAGAGAAGAAAAAAAAACAUGGAGGCUUGUGGAGAGUGUGACGGAUGAGAAGAACGGGGCCUUGACGCAGAUAUACGUCUUCAAGGACGAGCUGGGGACGGAUGAAGUCAUCGAGCUCAUUUGGGACCCUAGGUAG